CUCACCUAGCUGCAGCCCCGGCCUGUCUCACGGCAGCCACAUUGAAAUCAAACUUAACAAAACGUCGCUUCGGGGGAAGUAUCGAUAUUAAUAGUUAAUUAUUAAUAAUGGCAGACGAGGAGAAGCUACCGUCCGGAUGGGAGAAGAGAAUGAGCCGCAGUUCAAGUAAAGUUUACUACUUCAACCACAUCACUAACGCCAGUCAGUGGGAACGUCCAGUAGGAGACGGCCGAGGAGAACCAGAUAAGGUCCGCUGCUCCCACCUCCUGGUGAAGCACAAUCAGUCGCGUCGUCCGUCCUCCUGGCGAGAACAAACCAUCACACGAUCCAAAGACGAGGCCCUGGAUCUCAUUCAGAAGUACAUAGAACAGAUCAAGUCUGGAGAUGAGAAGUUUGAGUACCUGGCCUCACAGUUCAGUGACUGCAGCUCAGCUAAGAACGGUGGAGAUCUGGGACUGUUCGGAAAAGGUCAGAUGCAGAAACCCUUUGAAGACGCUUCCUUCGCUCUUAAAGUGGGAGACAUGAGUGGUCCUGUGUUCACUGAGUCCGGGACCCACAUCAUCCUUCGUACUGGCUGAACAGAGGAAGCCACAUACUGUACUAUCUGCUUACACACACACACACAUGCACACACCCACAGUCUAACCCAACCAGUGCUGGGACUGAAUUUAAUAACACACAAACAGCCAAUAUCACAAAAGCCUCUGGGCUGACUCCAAUUAUUCUAAGAUGGGUCGUUUUUGUUCCACCAUCACACAUGUAUGAGUUAUAAGACGACACUGAGCAUCAUGGUGUGUUGCAGAUUGUUCCUGUAAGAAGUCAAGCUAUCAUAAUAAACCACAGUAAUGCUAUUAAUAAAAAAGACAGGAGUGCCUGUGACUGCCCCGUGGAGACAUUCUCACCUGACGAGUGACGUUUGAGAAUGUGUGUUAUUGUAUGUGCAUGUUUUGAAAAGGACCAUUCUGUUUUAUUUUAAGUUCUACAGUAUGUGUGCCAAAGCGAUUCCUCUAUCUGUGUUGUGUUUCACAAAAUAGAUUAUUUCUGGCCGGUGUAGAACUUUGAGUCGGAGAAAGACGUUUAGAAAGUUCUCUAAAUUUAGCUUUGAUUUUAAAAAAAACUAAACGUGUCCUUGGCAGAGAGUCAGAAACAUAGAAUUAUUUCUUUUCAUAAUCCGCUUCAAAAAAGUGCACGUUUCCCCCCCGAGGAUAUGCAAAGAUGGCACCGCUGAAAACUUCCAGGUUUUACCAAGCAGCUCCGCAGCUUUUAAAAGCAUCGAGGUCCAGAUGAAUUGUCACCCUGUCGUUUCAUUGGAGCUCUUCUUCCAUCAAUAAAGGAAAUUCUUUUCUAUAAA